ACAGCUGUGUGACGCAAUACGUAUGCGACUGCUUCGAUGGAAGCGACUGUCCUGUUGAUCUGGGCGCUUUGGGCUUGCAUACCAUCUCCCCUUUAAUUAAUUAUUUUGGACGUUUUGGGUUAUUGUUGUGCGCACGUCUUGGAUUGUGAUCGGUACAUGCAUGUUUCGUUGAAAAUAUUUGUUUAUCGUUGAACCAGAACACUGAGCAGGACAUCAAUAGUUGUCGCACAGACGGCGGCGACUCAUUCCGCUGGUAACACCUGACUUCAUUGAAUGAGCUUUUAUACCUAUUACCUAAGGUUUUGAUUGGAUAGCCACGCCGUGUGAGACGCUUCGUCAGCCAGACGCAGCCAGGACACUUUUGUAUAAAUCGACAGGGUACGGAAACGAGCUGGCGCAGGUCGUGAGUUGUUCGUGGAUAAUGCGAGACAGUGGUGGUAGCCUUGCCCAGAACUGCUGGCAGGGAGAUCUGGGUCUGACGGCUGUUGGACAGGACGACACAGGAGGUGGAAUUCCUGGUGACCACCUCAUCGUCCCAGUGUCAGGUCACAGUAUCCCCAGCUCAAUGCACCUUAGACUGGGACAAAAGGAGACAGUGUGGACAAACAAAUAUGCAGAUGAGGAGGAAAAACACGGAACAGGAAGGAUUGUAGCAUUAGGUGAUAAGGGAGAAGAAAACAUUGUGAAUCCGAAGGACAUGGGGGAAUUUGACUACAAUGACUGGGAUCAGAAUGAGGUGGAGGAGGAGGAAGAAGAUGAGGAUGAUGAAGAAGAAGAAGAAGAAGAAGAUGAUGAUGAAAAUGAGGAAUACGAAGAGUGUACGGAAGAAGAAGUCAACAAAGCGGAGUCGGAGUGGGACAAAGGUUUUCCCUACCAGUGCACUCGGUAUUCAAAUUCACACUAUCAGCAUUGUCAACCACAACAAAGGGCUGAAGGCGACAAUUACAUUGAGGAUACUAUGUUCAAGGCUGAGAAAACGUAUUUGGUAGGGUCCCACGUCAGCAAGUGCAGGGUUCAGAGAAGAUUCCGGCGCUGGCAGCGUUUAAGGUCUUACAGUGGCCUUCGAUUUUGCCUCAGCAAACAUUGGAAGAGCUGGCGCCAGCGUGCCCAGUGGGUGUGCCUUCUCGGACACAGGUGGAGUCGAAAGGACCCAAGUUACAAACUGUACAGCAAGCAGAGGAGAAUAAAAAAGUACUGGCAGUCAACGUACACACGGGGAGAGGACGAUAGUAACGCCGAGAGGUUCACAGAGUCUGACAGAGAUAAGCAGAUGAAAAACUGCUCCCCAAACAAGCAAGAGGACAAAGGAAGAGAGGAAGUGGACAUCAAACCGGUUCCCCUUACCGAAGAACACAUGAGCUGUGUUACUGUUAUUCUUAACGAGUCCCUACAGCAGUACGGGAGUUUGAUUCCCAUUCAGGUCGACGACGUUGUUGAAAAACUUCAAGAUGUCUUCAACGAGAGCUUCUCUCAACCACAAAGGAAAGUAAUGGUUCAGCACCUAAUACAAUCAUUUCAGCGGUCUUCAGGGUCAGCGAUAGCUAAAACAUUCAAAGUCAACUACAAACGGCAUGUACUAACCAUGGAUGACCUGGGCACACUGUAUGGACAGAACUGGCUCAAUGAUCAGGUUAUGAACAUGUAUGGUGAUCUAGUCAUGGAUUCCGUGCCAGAGAAGGUUCACUUUUUCAACAGCUUCUUUUAUGAUAAACUAAGAACUAAAGGCUACGACGGAGUCAAACGGUGGACAAAAAAUGUUGACAUUUUUCAGAAGGAUUUAUUGUUAAUUCCCAUCCACCUAGAGGUUCACUGGUCACUGGUUAGUGUUGACAUUCCUCAUCGGGCCAUUACUUACUUUGACUCUCAACGGACGCUUAAUCGACGUUGCCCAAAGCAUAUUUUUAAAUACCUGCAAGCGGAGGCAAUUAAAAAAGAUCGUCGAGAUUUCUUGACUGGAUGGAAAGGCUUUUUUAAAAUGAACGUGGGGCGUCAAAACAAUGACAGUGACUGCGGUGCGUUUGUGCUACAGUACUGCAAGUGUCUGGCCCUAGGACAGCCAUUCAGUUUCGGCCAGCAGGACAUGCCACGGCUGAGGAGACAAAUGUACAAAGAACUCUGUCACUGCAAACUCAUCCUGUGACCAAUCAUUGCUGCCCCUUACCAAUUUUCUUCAUCCCCUCCCACCUUGAUUCCCAAAGGUAGAGAGUGAUGAUACAACAAGAAGAGGACACGGGAGCGAGAAAAUUACUGACUGUCAAGAAACUUAACAAAACCUUUUUUUUUUUUUUUUUUUUUUGCCAAUAUCCAGAGAAAUUACUCUAAUUUAUCGGUAAUGUGUUUGUUUUGGUUUUUUAUCUCUUUUUACUUUAAGUUCUUCACUCUUUAAACACUCUUGACAUUAUGGAUGAUGAAGAAUCAAGGCAUACGAAGGUCCAAUACAGAAAGGAGUGUUUGUUUGCCAUUGCACACCAGUGAAAUUCCAUGUUUUGUUUUUGUUUUUGUUUUUUUUUUAAAUCCUUUCAGUUGUGUCCCAUUCCAAAUGUCCAUCACGAAGAGUUGGAUGAUGAUGGCCUUGAUGUAUUGGAAGCAGCUUAUUUUGUCAUAGCCAGUCUUAGACAUAUGAUGAUCUAGCUGAGCCAGCACUGGACUGACACAUUUCUGACAACAUUGUUACCAUAUUUUUUUUGAGUCGGAUUUAGAGUGAGUUUCAAAUAUGUUGAUAACAUGCUAAUGCAGUACCAUAUUUUGUACGAAAACUGAAAUCAAACGACACCCUUUGGAGCCAAGAGCCUUCCGAUGACUUGGUUACAACUACUAACUAUUGACAUGGGACCUGUUAGUAGCUCCCACAAAUGAGCCACAGUGUCACUGGCCCAAGGAUAGGGCAGCUUUACACGACAAUUUUUUUUCUUCGUUUUAUCUCUGUCGGUAAAAGUGUAAUUAUGUUUUGGCCUUACAUGGUGUUAAACAGAGGAUAACCCUUAUGUACAGUGUUCAGUGUAAGGUGUGAUAAGGUCCUCUCUUUUUUUUUGUUGUUGCUGAGGGUUUGAAAGCCCCUAUCGGUGUGGACAAAGACAACUGAAAAAUAGAUGAAGCACGUCCACCGUGAAAUAAUGGUUCCCUCGUAUUUUUCAUGAGAGACACUUUUUUUUCCAACAGGAGCUGAUGUAAGAUGGCAGUUUUAUAUAUUCUCUGCAUUUCUUUAUGAUUGAUUAAAAAUAAAAACACGUGGCAAGAGGUGUUUUUUUUUUUUUUUUUUUUUUUUUUUUUUUUUUUAACUUGUCAUGUCUACCAGUUCACUGUAGGCAUGUAAUAUGCUAUCUGACCUUUUUGUCAUACAGAUUUACAGUAUGAUAUCCUUAUUUUUGUCACGUUGUGCAAAGUUUCUUUUUAAGUCUAUUGUAUUAAAGCAUUUUGAUUUUGAUUCAUAUGGCAUGGAUGGGAGUGAAAGGGGGGUGACACAGAAACAUUUUAGAAAAAAAAUAAAUGUUUAAAGCAA